GAAGCUCCUCUUGAAUCACCACGAGCCAACUCAUAUAUAUACAUGAAGCCAAAUGUCGCAACCCCAUUAACUCCUCUUGAAUCACCGCCACUCGGUCCCGGGUCACCCAACCAGGGUCACCACCACCACCACCACCACCACCAAUCAACGACGCCAAAGACGAAAACCCACCAGUGUUGUUGCCUAUAAAAUACCCUUUCUCUCCUACAUUCUUUCUCGUCCUCCUCCAGAAGAACAAACAGCACCACCGCCACCGCGGGAGAGCAACCCACACACAACAACAAGAAGAAGACCCAACAUUUGAAGCAGAGGGGUGGUGCUGGAGAGACAAAGAAAGGGUCCAUUGUUGAUCUCUUCUUCUUCUUCUUCUGGGUUUUUGACAUUUGCCAAUAACCAAUUCAAAGAAGAAAGAUGAUGAUAAUGGUCGACAAUUACAUCGUGGGGACUUUCUUUGCAUCUCUCCUAGGGUUUCUUCUUCUCUACAUUUUGCGCAGCCGCAACGCCACCGUGAAGCCCGACAACAGACCCGACCACCACCACCACCAUGCUUUUGAUGAGAUUCGAAAUGAUUGCGUUCGGAGCUCCAUCAACGGCCAGCCCCCACCCGAUGGAGGACCCGAUACUGACGUCAUCAUAGUCGGUGCCGGGGUCGCCGGUGCUGCCCUCGCUCACACCCUCGGCAAGGAUGGACGGCAAGUUCAUGUAAUCGAAAGAGAUUUGACAGAGCCCGACAGAAUUGUUGGUGAACUCUUACAGCCAGGAGGAUACCUAAAGCUAAUUGAAUUGGGCCUCGAGGAUUGUGUGCAGGAAAUUGAUGCCCAGAGGGUGCUCGGAUAUGCUCUUUUCAAAGAUGGGAGAAAUACUAGAUUGUCUUAUCCCUUGGAAAAGUUUCAUUCGGAUGUGGCUGGGAGAAGCUUCCACAAUGGGCGGUUCAUACAGAGGAUGAGAGAAAAAGCUGCUACCCUUCCAAAUGUACAAUUAAAGCAAGGAACUGUAACAUCCUUACUUGAAGAAAAUGGGACUAUUAAAGGGGUUCAAUACAAAACCAAGACUGGUCAAGAACUUAAAGCUUAUGCUCCUCUUACAAUUGUUUGCGACGGUUGCUUCUCAAAUUUACGCCGUUCCCUUUGCAAGCCUCAGGUAGAUGUGCCCUCUUGCUUUGUUGGCUUGGUCUUGGAGAACGUUGAUCUUCCAUUUCCAAAUCACGGGCACGUUAUUUUAGCAGACCCCUCACCCAUUUUAUUCUACCCAAUAAGUAGUACCGAGGUUCGUUGUUUGGUUGAUGUACCUGGUCAAAAAGUCCCCUCUGUUGCUAAUGGUGAAUUGGCAAACUAUUUGAAGACCACAGUGGGCCCCCAGAUUCCACCCGAGCUGUACAAUUCAUUCAUAGCGGCUAUUGAUAAAGGAAAUAUUAGAACGAUGCCCAAUAGAAGUAUGCCGGCUGCUCCCUACCCUACUCCUGGAGCGUUAUUAAUGGGUGAUGCUUUCAACAUGCGCCAUCCGUUAACUGGUGGAGGAAUGACAGUGGCUCUCUCUGAUAUUGUUGUCCUACGGGAUCUCCUUAAGCCUCUGCGUGACCUGAAUGAUUCAACUUCAUUGUGCAAAUACCUUGAAUCCUUUUACACCUUGCGUAAGCCUGUGGCAUCCACUAUAAAUACUUUGGCUGGAGCCCUAUAUAAGGUGUUUUGUGCAUCCCCUGAUCAAGCAAGGAAGGAAAUGCGGGAAGCAUGUUUUGAUUAUUUGAGCCUCGGAGGGGUGUGUUCAACAGGACCAGUGGCUUUACUCUCCGGUCUAAACCCUCGCCCAUUGAGCUUGGUACUCCAUUUCUUUGCUGUGGCUAUAUAUGGUGUUGGUCGUCUCUUACUACCAUUUCCCUCACCUAAACGCGUGUGGAUAGGAGCCAGAUUAAUUUCGGGUGCAUCUGGUAUAAUAUUUCCGAUCAUAAAGGCUGAAGGAGUCAGGCAAAUGUUCUUCCCCGUAACCGUCCCUGCAUAUUACAGAGCUGCUCCAGUUGAAUGAAGUAUAGAAAUUCAGCUUGAAAAUCAAGGUUGCUUUGGCUUGAAGGCAAACUGGCUUUUACCUUUAACCCCCGCCCUAGUUCAAGUUGAUGGUAAUGUUGUACCUGCUUCUAAUAUUUUACCGAGUGGGGACGUUGGGAAAUUUGUUUAAUUUUUGAGACGACUAGAAACUGAGUUUAAGAUGUAUUGAUGGAAAUUUCCUUAGAAACUGUGAAAAUGUUUUUUUUUCCCAACUUCGCGAUAGUUCUCCCAAGUGAAAUAAAUCUGCAAUUUUUAUUUUAGUAAUAUUAAUAAUGGCCUCCAUUCUGCAGUCUUGAACAAGGUCUGUAUGAUUGUGAGAUGUCACGAUUGAGACAGUAUAAAAAUAAUUUUUUGUUA